CGCCAUUUGCUGCUAAAGCAACGGAGCUAACGGCCAACCAGCUAAAAGCGGCGCAGACAGGUGCUGUUGUUCAGGGCUGUUAGCUAUCAGCUAAACUCGAUGCUAUCCACUCCGCUUUUGGUGACCUUCGUGGUUAAUAUUGGACAACAUUUAGUCGUGUUUGUUGUGGCCAACAUUUCAGUUAGCUAACGCUAGUGUGCUGGUGUUUAUUUCAGUCGAUAGAUGUGGCCCGGCAACACCGACCGUGUUGUUGCCGUCGUGUUGGCACUUCUUGGCCAAGUUGCUGGUGUUUUUUGUCAGGCCGUGUUUGUUCAAACCAUCGACCAACGUCCGGCCAACACUUUAACCACAGUCUAAAGUCGAUAAAACCACGUACGCUGCAGCGUUGUCGGGAAUACGAGGAUUAUCGGUUAGCCGGUAGCUUUCGAAGGCUAGUUGAAUACGGACUGAUCUGGAGCCUGUGUUUACAUCGUUUAUUAGCAGUGUUUUGGAACGCGACCCGCUCGUUUCCCGUUCCUUCAGCGAUGGUUGGUCUGGGCUGGUUUAUCUGGGACCCGGCGUGGGUUCACUGACGGUCCAGGACCUCCAUGACUGGAGCUGGAAGCGGCGGCCAGGGCCCGGCUGAUGGGAUGGAUCCAGAGGAGGGGGACAAAUGUCCCAUCUGUCUGGGGACGGUGUCACACGGAGACCUGGCCAUGCCUGACAGCUGCUGCCACGUCUUCUGCCUCAGAUGCCUCCUCACGUGGGCAGAGGUUCAGACGACUCCUUCCUGUCCCGUGGACAGACGACCUUUCACCCAUGUGUACAGAUGGGACGGGGAGUUCAGCUGCGUCCAGGUUCCUGUUAGAGAACACCCUCCAUCUGAAGGAGAACCUUCCUGCUGUAGAACCUCUGAAGAAGAAGUCGGUCUGAAAUCCAAACCAAACAGGAAGUUAAGAUGUCAAAAGAAGAAGAGCACAGUGAACACUACAACAACUGAAGGAACUGUAAGAAAAUGUAACUCUGAGAACCCCCCAGCUGUCAGUCACCAUCAGGUCCAAGGGUCAGAGUGCUGCUGCACCUGGUCACCGUCUCUGUACACUGUUGUCACCGCUACACCACAGGAAACUUCUGAUCCUGCCUGGAUGACAGAGACCAGACUGGACCACUCUGGGUCCUCACCCUGUAAGCCCCUGGUGGACACCUGUCCGUGGCUGUCCCCCGUCGCCGCCGUCCCUGUCAACGGUGCCUCCAGGCAGAGGUUCUCUGGUUGGACCGGCGGCUCCUCCUCCUCCUCCUUCUUCUCUGGACUCAGCGUCAGCUCCAUCUUUGGACCUGGACCUUCAUUAUUGGUGGGCGUCUCCUUUGCCAUCACGUGUCCAAAGGGAGGUGAGAAGAGGGGGGGUAAGACCUUCACCUCCAAAACCUCCACCAAAGAGGCGGGUUCUCUGCCCCCCAGGCGCUACGGACGCAACAGCAAACCCCAAGACCAGGCCCAGACCUCCGAGGCCUCCUCCACCCCCCCGCCGUCUUCUUCAGACUCCGACUCCUCCAGCGCUCAGUCUGCCAAGGUGAGCGGAGCUGCUGCGGCCCCCACCAGCAGGAAAACCAAACUGAUCACCAACCGCAAGGCCAGUGGGAAGAGGAAAGGUCAGAGGAGGAAGAAGAGCUCGUCAGAGGAGGAGGAGGAGGAGGAGGAAGAGGGAACAGGAGGCCACGAGCUGAAGGAGCAGGAUGUGAGACUGUCUGAUGAUGAAGACCUGACUGAGGACCAGGACCAGGACCUGACUGAAGACCUCACUGACGUUUGUGAGGAAACAGGAGAAGAAAAGGAGGAAGAAGGAGACGGAGGGACAGAGGAGGAGGAGGAGGAGGAGAGCACUUACUCUCCCUCAGAUAUGGCUGCUGCUGCUGAGGAGGAGGAGGAGGAGGAGCAGCCAACCAGCACCUCCUCACACGAAGACAAGAACUCAGAGAACGUGGAACAGUUGGUUUCACCGACCGACGGCCAGAACGGGUUGACAGACGACCUGACGUCUCCGUCCUGUGAUGAACAGACGGACCAGGACAACAUCGGUACCGAGCUGACUGAAGACCACCGCAGGGACUCACUGGACCAAGGACCGGCUCUGUCCCACCAGAACCCGGUCCAGUCUGGUCCCACCUCGCCUGAGGAGUUAGAGGAAGAGAAGAAGUCAGAGGAGGCCUCAGCUGCUGAAGGUUCUGAAGAACCGAUGGUGGAGGACACGGUCGGUUCUGAAGAACAUUCUGAACCGACGGUGGAGGACCCGUCCUCCAAGGACGACACCAAUGAGGUCCCCAUGGACUGUAGUUCACCCAUCAGUGAGCACGGACACGCUGACAUUUUAGAACAACCGCAGCAGAACCUGGACCCUGGUUCUGAUCCACCUCCUGCAGAGAAACCGGACAUCAAGGAUGAAAGCCACCAGAACCAGAAUCAGGAUCAGGUCCAGGACCAGAAUCAGAACCAGGACCAGGUCCAGGUCCAGGACCAGGACAAGAGCGAAAAGAACCAAGAAAGAAACGUCAGGCAGCGACGCUCGCGGUUCCACUCUGCGUGCUCCACCUGGUCACCAAAGAGGGAGACCAGGAGAGAGCCAUCCAGGCGGUCCAGGUCCCACUCCAGGUCCAGGUCCAGGUCCCGGUCCAGAGAGCGAGACGACAGCCCGACCUCCAACCACUCUCAGACUCGCAGCAGAGGAGGAGACAAAGAUCGGGACCGGGAUGGUGAGAGGAACUAUUCUAAAAGGGAGCGCAGUCGUGACAGGAGGAAAUAUCGAUCUAGAAGUCGGUCCAGAUCCUCGUCCAGGUCCAGAUCUCGAUCCAGAACAAGGUCCCGAUCCAGAACAAGGUCUUACAGACGGGCUCCCAGCUCUGAGCGCUCAGUGUCCAGAACCCAGUCACCUCAACGGAAGGAGCGCAGAGGUGGGUGGAGGGCGGGAUCCGGCGGUGGUGAAGGACGAAGAUACCAAGGAGGCGGCGGCCAUUUUGAAAACGGAGCACCCACGGAAAGAUCCCCAGACCGCCAGGCUCGGUCCAGUACCCCGGAGUGGGUCACGGAAAAGACUGAGGGCAGGGACCGGAACCGGGACUUUAGCUUCGCCGGUGGGUCGCACUGGGACGACCACCGCGGCAGGAGCGGGAACAAGGUCCGGGGGGGGUUCGACCGUGACCGGGGGUCGGGGCACGGCGGCGGCAGUCGGAACUUCUACAACCAUCAGGAGGAGUCGUCCGACGGCCGCUGGCAACCCAGGAACAACUUCUCAGGUACAGGCGCCGGUUCAGGGAACGACAGCUACGGUCGCAGCGGAGCCCGGAGGAAAGAGGCGGAGUCGGGCGAUUCCAUGGUGGACCGCUCCGGGUGGUCGUCAGCGUCCAGCUGGGCCGUCAGGAGGACGCUGCCGGCCGACGUUCAGGACUAUUACUCCAAGAAGGAGAGAGGUGGACCUGGGAGCUGGAACCGAUUGGAGGAGGAACAACCAGCAGCAGUAGCAGAGCCCCCUAAGAGUGAGCCCCCUCCUCAGGCGGUCACAGGUAACGCUCUGGUGCCUGUGGUGAACUUGCUGCCCCCUCCCCCCCCCCCUCCUCAGCUGAACGCCCCCUACCAUCACUACCCCCUGCAGGGUCCCAGAGGAGCCCUCCCCGUCAGCCUGCAGCCCGCUGCUCCGUACCCCCUGCCUCCUCAGGUGCCUGUGCACCUCCACCCCGCUGUGCCACUGCUUCAGGUACCUGCAGGGGGCGCUCAGGGGCUCCCCCCUCCUCCCCCACCACCUCCUCCUAUGCAGCAGGGCAGCCAGACUUCAGCAGCUCUGCCCGAUGGUCACAUGACCCAGAUGUCCAGCACCAUGGUGGGUUAUGGGAAACCUGCCCUGCUUCCCACCCCCUCCAAAGGCGGGGGCGGGGCAGUGACCCAGGUCCAGCCAGCGGUCAGCCAGGUGGUGGCGUCGUCCACCACUCAGCCUGCUAACAACAAGGCUCAGGCCGACAGCUCCAAGAAGGAGAAGAAACAACAGAUCCAGGAGAAGGCGGUGAACGAGGUGAAGACGGCCAUCAAACCAUACUACCAGAAGAAGGAGAUCACCAAGGACGAGUACAAGGAGAUCGUCCGCAAGGCAGUGGAGAAGGUGUGUCACAGUAAGAGCGGUGAGGUGAACUCUGACAAAGUGGCUAACCUGGUCAAGGCCUACGUGGACAAAUACAAACGCGCUCGCAAGAAGUGAGCACCUGCACUGCUGCUGGUGCAGCACUGCCCCCUAGCGACCGUUCAGCUGCUCAAGUGCAAUUUUCUCAAGCUAGAAUUCGGCCUCCAAACUGGAAGUGGACGGAGAGCCGACGUUGUCAUUUUUGAUAUGUCCUCGUACUGAAUGAAGAUUUCUUUUCUAUAGAUUUUCAUAUUUUGUUA